AUUUGAUUGUUACCAUAGCAGCCGGUUCUAAACACUGUAGUAUCCGCUUUUUACAGGAGCAGAAAUGUUUCGGGCUCGGACAGAAAGAGUGAUUAAAACCAUCAUUUGUGAAAUAGUGGAGGAGUGUGUGAAUAGGGGACACUCCGUUUCUGAAACUCUGGUGGGAUUCAUGGUGAAAGCUGUGGUGUUGAAUCCAACAAACGGUUUUGAUGUAGAUCACACGCUCUCAGAAGAAGACGUCCAAAGGCUCAAACAGCUGUGCUUAGAUAAGCUGACAGAGGAGUCCAGCCCAGGUCUUGAUACCAUCAAAAUGCAACUUUAUUUUGAAAUGAAUUAUGCCUUGCGACGUGAGUUUCUGGCGGAGAUCCAUCGAAUACUGGAGUUCAAACUCAGUGGAGUGCGUCGGGAGAUUACAGACAAUAGAGCAAAAUCCAGGGAUGAUUUCCACACUCUGUACCAUCAGAUAAUUACCUACAUCCUGCUGAGAUCUGCAAUAGGUUCGCCUGCAAAUUUCAACUGUGUACAAGACACUAACGCUGCGCUGCAGAGUGUCUUACCCCUGAAUGAUCUGGGAGCGUUCCUGGUUCUGUUGAAGAAAGACAAGGAGCAGCAGCUGAAGGAGCUCACCAUGAUUGUAACAGGAAUCCGAAUCUUCAACGAAGCCAGCAAACAAAAAGAGGAACUUUUAAGCCUCCACAAAUUAAUGCCUGCAGUUCUCCAAGAAGCACUUCAAGUCAGUGAUAGAAGCAUUAAGAAUGAACUGAGCAUCACACAGGGUUUGGUGUGGAGAUACACGGCUGUGCUGGAGAAGCUAACGCACCCCAACAUUCAGUCUGCCCAGUGUGAAAUGCCCAUCACCCAGCUCAAACAGGCGCUCUACAACGUCAGGCAGCAUGAAAGUUUCCUAAAGAUUUUACAGUCUGAUGCGAGUGUAUGUUGCCAGCGUAUGGAGAGUCGACAGGCUAAGCUUUCAUCUGUGUUGAAGCAGUUGAGACAAACUGUGCAGCCAAAUACAGCCAUACCAGGUUCAACAGUCUUUCCGUUGUUCAAGGCUGUGACAAAGUUGUGGUUUGAGCUCCAGGAUGAGGCAGAACUGCUCCACAUUCUCAGUAACAUCACAGUCGGUCUCAAACCCUUCCUCGUGUCCCAGGCUAAGAGGUUUUCAAAGGCGUAUCUGGACAGCCUGCUGGAGGCAACAGAAGUAAAGACCGACGCCAAUAGACUGGCAGCGUCCUCAGUUGAGCAGAUUGACCCGAAUCUGGUAAACACACAGGCCUGGCUCCUGCCUCAUGCAAAUGACAGACUGAAGGAGCUGCCGCUAGAGUACAAUGGUUUCUGUGGUUACAUGUUCGUGAACAGAGACGGUCUGCUACUUCCAGGAAAUCCAUCUAUUGGAGUUCUAGAACACAAGGAGAGGUUCUAUGCUUUCAGCUCCAGGGAGGCAGCUUUGGCAUUUGCCUCCUCUCCAGAUGACUUUGUUGCUCAGGUGGCAGAAAAAUCCAAAUUUUUCCCAGAACUUUUUCAGCUUCUCAGACUCCAUCAGCAGCUUCCCAGUGCGCGCUCAUACUCUGAGAGAGAACCAGGUCAAAGUUUAUGGCCUAUGCACAUCAACAAGCGGGAAAUUGGAAUACAAACCGACACCCAUCCAGUGGAAACACACAUUGACAAGUCAUACGAGUGGAACGAGUGGGAGCUAAGACGAAAAGCCAUUAAACUGGCUAAUAUUCGGACAACAGUUACUCACUCAAUGCAGACCAACCUGAGCCACAUGAGACGGGACAACGUUAGCCAAACAUGGCUGCCGAAGGAAGCUGUCUCCCAAACCAUGAGAGAGAGCGGAAGCAAUGUCCCCAACCCUCAGACAUACCUGCAUGGUCUGAGGGGGCAGAGAGAUGCAACGGUGUUGAAAGUAGACCUCACCAGACCUGUUGAAGAAAAACCUUGAUGACAAACCUUUGAUGAAAUUAAAGUUACUGUGAGCAAAUGAUUUCAU